UUCUCUUGUAUUUCAACUUGUCUACGCCCCAAGUCAUGGCUCAGAAUAGCCAAAAGGGAACUACCUCGGUUGACCUUCUUGUCUUUCCUCUCAUUCUCCUCUCCCUCUUUUUUUUCGUGGCUGUGGCGUCAACGAAGUCUAUUCUUUAACCGAGUUCAGGAAGUACCUCUCGUGUGGAAAGUAAGCCGAGUUUGUCGUCCACAAGACUUCUGGUGUUUCAGGACGAGUACAACAUGAGGACGUCGUGGGUCUUGUUCUUCGCGCUGGUCUUCACAUUUUGCAAAUGCUGGAAGUACGUGCCCUUAGCGUCGACCGUGGCGCAAUGGAUCGGAUUCGUCGUGAUUGUGUCCUCGCUCUCCUACUGGUUGGCCAGGUACAUCUGGACCGUAGCCUUUGUGGACCUAGUGUCUGGCGAAGGGAAGGCGGUUCUGGUGACGGGGUGCGACAGUGGCUUUGGGUAUUAUCUGGUCAAAAGCCUUUCGCGCAUAGGUUUCUUCGUGUUCGCCGGCUGCUUGGACGCCGGUAGCGACGGAGCCAAUGACCUGAGCAAGUUCGCCAAAGUCAAGGUUCUGCAGAUGGAUAUCAGCAGUGAACAGCAAGUCAACGACGCCUUGGUGGCUAUCAAAGAAGGCCUGGGUUCCAGAGUACUUUGGGCUGUCGUCUGCAACGCGGGCAUUCGUAACGAAGGACUUCUCGAAUGGGUUCCCAUGGAAACCUUGAAGAGAGUAAUUGACGUCAACAUCAUCGGCAACUGCCGAGUGAGCAAGUCGUUCCUACCACUCCUCAGAAAAGCUAAAGGACGCCUUGUGGUCAUCACCAGUUCUUUCGGAUACGUGACGAUGCCGAUGGCAACGCCGUACUCGAUGACGAAGCACGCUCUUGUGUCCAUGGUUGAUGGACUACGCCGGGAGUGCUACGGCAAGGGCGUCGACAUCAUCUCGGUCAUGCCACAAGCCUACAAGACGAACAUCACAGCUCCUUCGUGUGCGCAGCGAUUCACCACGGAAGACCUGAGGCAAAACUGUCCAGAUGUCGCUGACGACUUCACGCAGGAGGAAAUCGACGGCUGGAUACUCUCCUCCAAGGACUACUUCGACGCCCUCAACAGGGAUAACCUCCAGGAGGUUGCGGACGCGAUGGUAUUGGCAGUGCGUGAAACGUACCCGAGGACGUGGUACACAACGCCGCUGAGUCUCAGUACGGUUGCGCUGUUUCCCUGUACGUACCUGCCAGACGAGGUGACGGACGCCAUCAUGGCCUUUGCUAGGACGAGGAUUGCUUCCUUCUCGGACCUUCUGAAGAAAAACAAGAAGCAUUAACACUGAUGCACUGGCAUAUUUCCUGAAAAACUCGCUAUGGUAAACACGUGCGUACAUGAUCUUCAAAACUAAAAU